AACUGAACAGCUGACUAACUUAAAAGAUUCAGUCAGUUUCCCGCGAGGACAAGAGACAGUUUGAUCUCCUAGUUGCUGCUGAUUUUACAAUUUUCUUUGCAAUAUCGAAACAAAAUUCUCUCGAAAGAUCAAAACUACAAUCUGAAUGAAUCCAACAAGAGACCGAAAGCUGAUGGAAAAAAGAUCUGAAUCUCUUCCACCCCAUUUCGAAUCACUUGUCGUCAAGGAUGGCCAAACAGUAUACAAGGGAUUCGUCUUCCUACCAGGCACCAUUUCAGAUAACAUCCAACAGUUGAAACUUCACCUUCCAACAGGCCACCUUUACUGUGUGAAGAAUGAUCACUGUUCCACCAAUGGUUGUCCUGGGAUGUUCAAUCGUCGUAGCCAUAAUGCUCAUCCCAUUUAUUCACGUGCCAAGAUGCACCUGGAGGCUUUCCGGUGGCAAGUGGGUCUCUUUUUGCUUCACGAAGGUGGUCGAGUCACUCCUAAAAAGGCCAUUGAAAUCUGCUUCCAAGAUUGGCCGUUGGAGCUCGGCAUAAAUAUCGUCCAGCUGUACGAUUCUUUGAAAACGUCGCUGUACACGUUCCAGAGAGCUAGCAAAGAAGAAAAUGGACAAUCGACUUUUAUGAAGAAGAGUUUCCUCCAGGAGUAUCCUCAGAAGAAAUUGGAUCGUUUUAUCGCUGCACUCAAACUAAACACCCAUUACUGGGGACCCUACACUAGACCAAAACCCACAGUCGAGAAAGAGAAGUCCGUGCUCCCUACAGGGAAAAGGAGACGAGAGAAUGUUUCACCUCAGCGCAGUAGCGGCUCUGUUGAAAAGGAAAUGAAUCCCCAAAAGAGGGCUAGGCAAGAAACAGACAAGGACCAAAAAGGGGUGAAAAUCUCUCGUUCGUCUGGCAAUGCCAAAGAAAAAAUUGGGGAGAAAAUUUCUAGUUCCAACAAGUCCAAGGUCAAAGCCAGUCCUCGCGUUCCAGUAGAGGAAAACAAGUCCCACCGCAAAGAUAAAAGAAGCAGGGAAGAGUCGAAGAAGAAGAAGAAGCGGAAUUCGGAUAGUGAAUCGGUUCGAGCGAGAAACAGUUUUAAGACAUCGACACCGAAGGAAAAGGAAUCUUCUGGAUCCGAUGGAGAAUCAGGAAAUUUCAGCUCUAAAGAAAAUAGUAUUCCGUCUUCGUCGGAAUUGACGCCCAAUUCAGUACUUGGGGUGAGCAGAGAGUCGGUGGAAUCAGCCGAUUUGACGGAAGUGAAGCGGAUGCUGGAAGAGGUCCGGAUGGAGGCCGAACGUAAAAGUCGCGAAGCCGAGCACUUGAAGAAAGCUCUUGCACAUCUUCUCUCUUACAGAUCAGUGGAAUCUGACGGAUCAAAAUUAAGUCAGGAGAAAAUCGAUGAGAUCAUUCAACUUGAUGGGAAGACCUCGGGCGAACUAUUAAAUAUUUCUGGUCCAGAUCAACCCAAAGAGUCUGAAAAGGACCAUCAAGCUGCGUCUGUUUCGUUGUCGGACUCGUCUUGUUCGCUGGAUAGAACUGUUUCUACCAAUCGCCAAAAUCUUGGGAAUUCAUUUAGAAAUGGUAGACCAUGGGGUCCUCUGUCACGUCGCCGUCUGUUGCCUGAAGAAAAAAGCUUCGAUGAACUAGAACGAGCAGCGGCAAAAGAGAUCCGUUUUCCUGAGACAUUAAUGAAGCGAUCCACCAAGAUAUUGAACCAAAACGGGAUGGAUGUGUUCGCUGUUCCGCUCAUGAGAAAAUCGAUCGAGUCGAGUUCAAAUUUCGAGCGCUUUGUUUUCGGUAAAGCACACGACAAAAAAGAGCACAGAACGGUCCUGGUAUUGGGAUCGAAUGGCUCAGAAAGGAGAAAAUUCAUCGAUGGAAUUAUCAACUAUAUCUUUAAGGUUAACAAGGAAGACAAGUUCCGAUUUCAAUUGAUUGAAGAGGAGGACGCAGUUACGAAAAACUGCAUCAAAGUCUACGACAUCCACCACUGCGAAGAAUUCCCGAUCCCUUUCUCCCUGACGAUUGUGGACACGCAAAACUUCGACUCUAACCAAGAAGAACUGGAAAUUUUCAGAGAUAAAGAAAUGAUUGAAAUUUUUCACGAGUUCUUUGAAAACAAGGAAAGUGUCGAGGAUUUGGACAUGAUCUGCAACGUCGGGACUGAAAUCAGUUCAUCGUUUCUGUCCGUUUUCGCCAACGACCUCAAGGAAAACAUUCACUGCUUCCAGCCUAACGACUACGUGAGCGACACCUGGCAUGAUGACGUCCACACAUUCGUCACUUUGCUGGCCACGAUGAAGAAGAAAUCCCUGUCAUUGACAAAGAAGUUGCUGAGUGGGAGGAAAAGACUUGAGUCGACAGUGUACGAAAUCCGGUCGCUCAUCAACAACGGCCUUGCCAUGACGGAAGAAAUGGUAACAGCCAAGCAGAUGGAAUCGAAUUGCCAAAUGCGGAAGCAGCAAAUUAUGAAGAAUUGUCAAACCGAAGUAAAACAAGAAGUAUUGCAAGUUGAGCUUCCAGCCGGACAAUUCGCGAAUAAUUGCAGCCAUUGCAACGUUACGUGCAGCUCCUCUGUCUUCAUGGAUAAAAACGGAAGGACCGGCUACUACUGGCCCUUGAUAGAUCUGUCCAUGUCGACGGAAGCGGGUACCUGUACCGUUUGCCCGGAAAAGUGCAACUGGAACGUACAUUCCAUCAAGCCCUAUCGAUUGGAAUGCGUUCAACUGAAGACGGAAUUACCGUCUGGCGAUCAAAACUCGGAAGUUGAAUGUAAAUGGGAAACUGUUUAUUCAACUGUACUGGACAUGGUGAAUUUCUUGGAAGACAAAAUAUCCGUCAAUAGAAAAUCGAUAUUGCAUCGAUUUCAGAUGGUAGAGAGUUGCAUCUGGUCACUGGACAAGAUUUCCGGUGGUAAAUUGUUAUUGACACGGAAGUUGGUUUCUUUCCUUUUAGCCGACGCCGAGUCACAGUUGAAUCGGCUUGGUUUAAAGGAGAAAAUUCAAAGUUUAAAGACAUUCUUUAAUUGAAACUCGUUUUAGCAUAUACGUGUACUAGUUUUAAAAUUAUUGCCAACCUCCAUUUUUUUUAAUCUUUAACUUUUAUGCAAUUCUGCCACUAUG